AUGUCUGAUGAAAUUGUGGAAAUGAGCAUGAGAAAGAAAAAGGGUUUUUGCAAAGAUGACAUACCAUCAUUCGAUUUGAGAAUAACACAAUUGAAUGAGGAAGAUAAGAAUAUGGAUGAUAAGGAAGGAAGUAAGACAGUAAUUAGAUAUACAAAAAAAUCUGUAGCGGAAGACAAACUGAAGAAAAGAACUAGAAAAGAUCUUAUGGAAAGUGAAUUGGUGCAUGUUGUUGAUUUCAAAAAUGGGAAAGGUAAAAGGAAGGGGAAACUUGGACAAUUGGUGUGUUCACCUUAUGUAGAUCGGAUUACGGACGUGGAUGAGGCGGUUAAAGAUGAUGAAAACGUUGUGGCUCAAAGCAUAAUAGCAUGGGGGAAAGAUAAAGGGGAAAUUAUAUGGGAAACUAUUGAAGGUCAUGGAAUGCAUUUGGAAGCUGCACGUACGUUAGCUAUGAGAACAAAAGUGCAUACCAAUGUAAUAGACGCGUGGGCUGCUUUCCUUAAUAAAACUGAGGAACUGAAGUCAGAGGCUUCUUACUCUAGGAUGUACUUCACAUGCGAUACGAUUACAAAUUACAUGGUUAAUGAAGCUGUAGAUGAGGAGCUGAGGUACAAUAAAUUCAGAAUUAUGUUUGUAGCUGUGAUUAAUGACAUAGCGGACAAACCAGAUUUGAAAACGGUGGACUUGGUUUUCAUACCAAUUGUUGUUGAUGACAGUUACUGCCUAGUGUGA